AUGGAUCUCCUAAAUAACAGAUCAAGUGUUUCAGAGUUCAUCCUGCUGGGACUUUCCAGUUCUCAAGACAUUCAGAUAUUCUUUUUUGCAAUCUUCUUUCUUGUCUACAUAGGCAUUGUCAUAGGAAACUUCCUCAUUGUAAUCUCUGUGAUAUUUGAUAGCCGUCUUCACUCCCCCAUGUAUUUCUUUCUUGCGAAUUUAUCAUUUUUUGACUUAUGUCUCUCUUCUGUGGCAACACCAAAGGUGAUUGCAGACUUUCUUAGAAAACACAAAACCAUCUCCUUCUGGGGCUGCAUGGCACAGAUGUUUUUUAUGCACUUCUUUGGAGGUGGAGAGAUGUCUCUUCUGAUAGGUAUGGCCAUCGACAGGUAUGUUGCAAUAUGCAAACCCUUGCAUUACAAGACCAUCAUGAAUCACAAGGUACUCAUUAUGCUACUUCUACUCUCUUGGAUGGUUGGAUUCAUUCACACCACAAGCCAAAUGAUUUUCACAGUUGGUUUACCUUUUUGUGAUGACAAUGUUGUGGACAGCAUGUUUUGUGACCUCCCUCUAGUCAUCAAACUUGCCUGUACUGACACUUACAACUUAGAGCUCUUGGUGAUUGCGAAUAGUGGACUCCUGUCCCUAAUCUGCUUCAUUCUCUUGCUUAUAUCCUACAUUGUCAUGCUGGUCACUAUCUGGAAGCAUUCCUCCAGUGCAUCCUCCAAGGCUCUGUCCACACUAUCUGCUCACAUCACUGUGGUCACCCUCUUUUUUGGCCCAGCCACAUUCAUCUAUGCUUUCCCAUUCAAUAGUUAUUCAGUAGAUAAAUUCCUUUCAGUGUUUUAUUCUAUAAUCACUCCCCUACUCAAUCCAAUUAUUUAUACCUUGAGAAACCAGGAAAUGAAGGCAGCCAUUAAGAGACUGUUUAGUAAGCGUAUUGGAUCUUGGUUGACCUCCUAA